GGCCCAAAGUCGAUGGUUUCUUACAAGAUAUCCAGCCCAGAUCGAUAUUUCCGAAUCGAUUGCUUCCAUACCAGGUAGCUCUAGCACUUCACGUGCCCACAAUACUGUAGUCAGGUCGGGUAUUUUGCCUUGAAUCUUCCUUUUCAUGCUUGAUUUUGAGUUCUUUCUAUAUUUAUGCUGUUUUAUGUGAGUCAUCAAUCACAUAUGCUCCUAUUAUUGACAUGGUUAAUUGUGCUGCUUGUGCGGGAUUGUCCGUUGACUAAAUGUUUGAUAUAAUGCCGCAAUGAAGUUUGUUGAUGCAAUAGUUGCAUGUUGAUUUCUGUAUUUGUAACGUAGAGAAUUUGGUUAGCUAAUAAUGAUCUGUAUGCAUGUACGGAAGUUUCUCCAUUCUGCAAAGUGUUUUACAUCGAAGAGAAAUUGUACUGUCCACUUGCAUUUGAUGUUGUAUCACUGCUCAAGAGAAUCCCAGGAUGAAGUUUUGCCUUUUGAGUGGUAUAAGAAGGCUUUCCCAACUAUAACAAAAUUGACCCACCAGUUAAAAAAUGUCGAUUUAAUUGAUGGAAAGUUGGUGAAUAUCAAUGAUGAUUCAAUCGUUAUUGAUGAUCGUAUUGCGGACAAGAUGCAUACAUUGAAGUCACUUGUAAGUGUGUUUAUUGGUUCGCCUUGGGUUCAGCAAAAUCUAAAGGAAAAUGUAGAGGCCAUUUCAGCUAAUACAAAAUUCAAGCCAGUUGUUUCUUUUAGCAAGCUACGUGAAAGAGAGCCCAUGAUUGUGAAUUCCCUAACCAAAAUAAGCAAUUUCCUUAGUGUAUCUGCUCAACAAAGGAAGUUGGUGCGUUCUGCAAUAUGCCCACAGGUGACACAGCACCGGAUUUGGACAGGUGCUCUUGAGGAGAUCCUCAAUGGAUUGAAGUCAGAGAUGGACUCUUUGUGUUAUGAAUAUUCAGGCAAAGGGAGUAACAUGGGGCAGCAGAUAAUUUCUAGCUGUUUAAAGUUCCUAGCUCAUACUGGCAUCUCAAAUCAUGAGUGCACUUCAUGGAUGCAGCUUGGAUCCCAUAAAAGUGUCAAUCCUCAAAGUUCUGGUACAUGGGAAGAAGUUCUUGAGAUGUUCAAUGAUCUCAUUAGGUGUUUGGAAAGCGAGAAGGGAUUACUUUAUCAUGUGGCAAAGCUUGAGGUGAUGAAAGAAGGGUUGUCUCAGAUCAAGGAUGUUUUGGUUGACAAGGGUAUUGGAUACAAGGAGGCUCGGCAUCAGGAAAGCCUGGUGCAGAAGAAGCUCUCCAAAACACUGGGUCACUCUUCACGCUGUUUGUUCACGCUUUUAUUGUAUUACCUCUAUGGACAUGUUAGAGACAUUGAAGUUGAUUUAUGUGGAGGAAUUUAUGGUGGUGAAGGUGGCGCUAGGUUUUGCUUGUGCAUGGGGAGGAUUUUGACUUCAGAUGAGGAGAAGAUGGUUAAGAGCGGGGUGAAGCAGUUGGACAGGGCUCUUGGGCUAUUCAAGUUUAUAUGGGAAACAGCAGGGAUGCAAGGGUUUUUGGAACUGCAAGGUCAUCUGUGGUGUGUUGGGGCCAAGGAUAGGACACUUACGCAUAGAGGAACCUUGUUCUUUGUACAUGGUAUCUUUGACAAAAAAUGAAAUCAAAAAACCAACUCAGUUGUAAUUUUUCAUAUUUCACAACGAAAUUUGAUCCGAUUACUGCCUGGAA